GUAGCUCUCAGUUUCAAAAAAAGUUGGUGACCCCUGCUAUAGAUACUAUAUAUAACAGAAACCAUUCGGUAAUGGUUUUAAUGGUUUGUAAUGGUAUCUGCAGUAGACACCUGUGAUGAUUUUUCUUGAUGUUUUUUUGGGAUGGUUGUAUAGAGAUUAACAAUCAUUGCAUGAACAUAUGAAUUCACAUUCAUAUUUGUAACAAUUGAGAGAGCAGAAGAGCAAGAUGGUCAUCCUGAAAACACCCUCAUCUUCUCGAAAUCUGGUCAACGCAAGUACGUAAAACAGAGAUAUUAAAGAAAACAAAGCAGACAGAGACUCAGUUGGAUACUCAACAGAUAUGAUUCACCAGAUUCAGGGGUUUAGUCACCGCCCCUUUUUAUUUCCCACCGGACCGCUCAGAGUGCGCUAUAAAUAAAGGAAAGCGCUUCCACACAUACACACACACACACACACACACGUCCAUCUCUGAAGAUCAGAAUUCAGCAAGCAGAACGAUGGAGGGACACUUUCUCGCAUGCAUUUUGCUCCUAAGCUUCAUCAAUGGAGCAGUCUUUUACAAACCAUCACCCAUGGACAUCUGCCUUCUCCAAGUGGAGGAAGGACCGUGUUUGGAGGACGUGCCCCGGUUUUACUACAACACCCUCACCCAGGCGUGUGAGCCGUUCAGUUACGGAGGCUGCGAUGGAAACGCCAAUAACUUCAAGUCUAAUGUGGCAUGCCAUAAAACCUGCUACAAGAUUCCGAAAAUUCCCAGAAUCUGUCGCCUUCCAAAAAAUGAAGGUCUUUGCUUCGGCAUUUCAAGGCGCUAUUUUUUCAACAUGACCUCCAUGAAGUGUGAAGUGUUCUCCUACGGAGGCUGUGGUGGAAACAAUAACAACUUUCAAGAGUUCAGCUCCUGCAUGGAAUACUGCAGUCCUCAAACGUCUAUGCCUGUGAUCUGCCAAGGUGACUCAGACAAAGGAACAGGCAGUGCCUCAAUACCAAGAUUCUACUACGACUCUAACAAAAAAACAUGCAAGCAGUUUGAGUAUACAGGAAGUGGCGGAAACAACAACAAUUUUGUCUCCAUGGAAAGCUGCAUGAGUGUUUGCACUAAAAAAAGCAGACCACAGAAGCCAAGUGGGCGAAUUUUCCGAAAAAGAUUGUAAUGCUUGGCGCCUUUAUAUCUUCAGCAGGAUGUGCUAGUGUAAGCACACUUGCUUUAUAUUCGCAGCAUGCUGAGAAUCCAGAGUGCUUCACAUUUUGUUUUCAAGAUGUAUAUUUUUUUAAAUAUUUGAUUAUGCUAAUAAUGUUUACGUCAUACAAUCUAAUUGUAGCGAUCCUUAAGGUCCACUUAAACGACCUUAUAUUUUUUAUAAAGGUAGUUUUUUAAGUGUCUAAAGCAAUUAGACAAAAAAUGUAAAAAAAAAAAAAAUUAUAACUAAUAUUAACAUGCAUAUUUGGACCAUUUUGUGAUCUUGAAGUAUCACAUGUAAAAGCAACACAUUGUGUUGUUUAGUUUUAACUAGAAUUCCUUGUUUUCGUAAAGAAUAUCCAAAGUUUUGCACACAACUAUAAUGUAAUACCUGAUGCCUGUUAACAUGGGACAGAUGUAUGCAGUGAUUUUUUUGUUUAUUUCUGCAGACAUUCUCAGAAUCUGUUGCCUUCCAAUAGAUGCAUUUCCAGGCGCUUUUUUUUUUUUCUCGACGUGACCUCCAUGCAUUGUGAAGAGUUCUCCUAUGGAGGCUGCGGUGGAAAUAAUAACAAUGUCAGAGUUCAUAUUUCCUACAUUGAAAACGGCAGUUUACUUAAGUUUAUGAAAAAAACCCAAAUUUAUAAAUUAUAUAGUAUUUUCUAACUUAGACAUAUUUUUCUAAACACACGUUAUAUAUAUAUUCACACAAUAUAAUGUUGCAAGUUGUAUGAUCGUUUUCUGAAAUUUUAUGUGUUACUUUUAUACUGUAAAUGUGAUAUUUCACAAAAGUGGCCUGCUUGUAUAUUUUAUGUUUGUUUUGUACAUUUUUUUUUUUUUUUUUUUAUUGUGCAAGUCUCUGUAGUGUUGUAUAAAACCCAAAUUUCUAAAGCAUAUAUAUAUAAAAGUGUCUUUAAAA